AUGCAGUCUCAACUCGCACUCCAGCAGCCCCAGCCGCAGGCCAUACAGGACGUGGCAGUUCGCGCCCAGCGCGGUAUCGCCGGCUGGCUAAACUCCCUCGGCGUCAGGACUGCUCAGCCGGCAGAGUCGGCUACCGCCAUGAUGGCUGCCCCCGUGGACCAGCUCGCCGCGUGGCGCAUGCGGCCGGGCGCCGUGCAAAACAUGAUGGCGAACAUGGCCCAACCUGUUGGAACCAUGUUCAUGGCACCGCCGCAGCCACUGCCGCAGCCAGCCCAAGGCAGUAACGUGACUGCACAAGGUGGCCGCGGCCGAGCGGCAGUGCGCCUUGACAACAACAACAACAGCAGCAGCCGCAACAACGGCACUAAUGAUGCCACCGGCAACGGCAACAGACGCGGCAGCAACAAUAGCGCCAGGGCCGCAAUGGCGCCAAUGACAAACCAGACACAGACUGCUCCUCCCACGUCGCUCUCGGCGCCGAUGCCGGUCUCACAGCAGGCGCCGCACAACACGCACGCCAGCGCACUUCGCGACUGGCAUGCGUCCAAGACCAACGAGGGACUGUGGAUCGGCACGUAUGGCCAUCGUGAUUUGGCUGCCUCCAUGGAUGCCGGGUGUGGGGCCGCUGCGGCUUGGCGCGCCAUGGACCCGCGACUGGGCGCACGCCAGAACGGUCUGGGCGCGAACAAUAUGGCAGAUGGCGCCGCUUGGCCAUCGCCAUCUGGACCGCAAUACAUGUGGCCGCAGCAGCCGCAGCCGCAACCGCAGCAGUCGCAGCCGAUGAACUUGGCCAUGCCCAUGAUGAUGCCGAUGCCGUUGCCCCAACAGCAACAGCAGCAGCAGCAACAGCAGCAAACGGAGCAGCAGGUGAUGAUCAUGCCAACUUUGGACGAGGGCACCUUCCUCAUGUGCCGGCCGUUUGCGUUUGAUCCGAGUGGGCAACCCCCUCAAAUUUUGCCUGCUGGGCCUGAGAUGCCGCCGCCUCUGGCGCCGUCUCCUUCUCCUCCCGUCGGCACCGUCCCUGCCAUGCCAGACGAUGGCAACACGCGCGUUGUCAUCCAGCCCUACCCCUAUUUGCCGUCUUUGUUCUAUGGCCAGCCCUCGGCUCCGGCAUCCUCCAGCAUGCAGGGGAUGUGGGCCUCGCCCGAUGGCCCGUGGAUCAUACAGUGA